AAUCAAACAAGUAUAAGAAUACUUUGGCAGAAUUCUGUAAGGAAGAUAAUGAAAUUAUUGAAAAUAAUCCUUUGACCGCAAUUAUACAAAAUUAUAUCAUAGAGAAAAUGAGAAAUGAUCUAAAUUUGUCAAUUUCGACUUCUCCACGAAUGCCCACAACUCCUUCAACACUACCACUUACACCAUCCACACCACUUCCUAUAUACUCUACAAUACAUACUAUAACCUUUGAAUCAAACAUUGAAUCUCUAUGUAUUCUUCCAAAUUCAACAAUAGAUAUUGUCGCUAGUCAUAGUAAAUACUUAAUGGUCACAACUGAUAAUGAAAAUGGUAGAAUUAUCAUGUUUAAAACAUUUAAUACAAUCAAUUGUAGCAUUGAUGACCAACAAAAUAAUAUUAACAAGAAUGAAGAUAUUACGUCUUCAAUAUUGAUCCAAUUAGCAAACUUUUAUGACAUACCUUCACCAGAAUCGUCCCCAAUCUCUUCAUCUCCAACAAUUCUAUCAAUCGCUAUUCAAAAAUUUACAUACCCGAGAUUACUCUGGUUAUGUAAAAAUAAUAGUGAUUCAAAAAUUAGUAAUUCAGAAUCUGAUAAUGAUAAAUUAAGUGGUCACUCUGAUGUUGUGCGUGAAAUGUGGUAUAAUGAAGAAAGAGAUUUGUUGAUUACUUGUGGUUUUGAUAAAUACGUAAAAAUUUGGGGAAGUAAUGAAUUAUGCAGAGAAUUGAUGAAAGACUUGAAAGAAGGAGAGAAAAAGAGGAAUCAAGAGUUUUUU